AUGAGUCGCAAAUGCAGAACCCUUUUGUCGAUAACCUUAAACUUUUUUGCUCUGUUUUUCGCAAUAACAGCGUUUAUCACAACGUACUGGUGCGUGGGGACCCAGAGAGUCCCUAAGCCCAAGUGCAGCAAGCUGCGGACUCACCAGUGUAUAGACUACGGAGUCAACGAGACAGACCCCAACAAAGUGGUGUACAGCUGGGAGACUGGGGACGACAGGUUCCUGUUCAGGCAGUUUCACACCGGCAUCUGGUUCUCCUGCGAGGAAAACAUCCACGAUGAAAGUGAGAGAUGCCGGAGUUUCAUUGACUUGGCCCCUGCUUCAGAGAAAGGGAUUCUGUGGCUAUCACUGGUCUCUGAGAUGCUGUACAUCAUUCUCCUGGUUGUAGGCUUCAGCCUCAUGUGUUUAGAUCUGGUCCACUCCAGCAACGUCAUUGAUGGACUCAAACUCAACGCCUUUGCUGCUGUCUUCACUGUGCUCUCAGGUCUUCUUGGCAUGGUGGCUCAUGUGAUGUACACACAGGUCUUUACAGUCACUGUCAGCUUUGGCCCCCCUGAGUGGAGGCCCUACAACUGGGACUACGGCUGGUCCUUCUGCAUAGCGUGGGCAUCCUUCACCUGCUGCAUGGGAGCAUCAGUCACCACCCUUAACUCCUAUACAAAGACUGUAAUUGAGUUCAGACACAAACGAAAAACCUUUGAGCAAGGCUUCCGGGAGGAGCAAGCACGAGAGGCUUUUGAAUAUUACCGGGAACACUCUGUGCCCUCUAUCUCCAAAUCUGUGGAGGUUUAUACGAGCCAGACCCUAAAAAGUGGCAGAAAAACUCCCAUACCUGCUGACUCUCUGGACCUGACUGACUGUGCAAGAUCCUUAGGGGAAGAACAGUGCUGA